UUCCCUCUUUCGGAUUCUCCCCAGUAAUUUGUUAAAAGGGAUUCCUCGUGUUCUGUUCAAUUCGCAGUGCGAUCGCCAUGGACGUGAGUUUAGGAGACCUCGAUGCUCCACAUUCGAUGGGAACUACCAUCAUCGGCGUCACCUACGACGGCGGAGUUGUACUCGGAGCUGAUUCUCGCACCAGCACUGGAGUGUAUGUGGCGAAUAGGGCAUCGGAUAAAAUCACGGAGCUAACGGAUAAUGUCUACGUCUGCCGCUCUGGUUCGGCAGCAGAUUCACAGAUUGUUUCGGAUUAUGUUCGGUAUUUUCUUCAUCAGCACACGAUACAGCUUGGGCAGCCUUCAACAGUGAAAGUUGCGGCAAACCUUGUCCGAUUACUAGCUUACAAUAAUAAGAAUAUGCUGCAAACUGGAUUGAUCGUUGGUGGAUGGGAUAAGUAUGAAGGGGGUAAAAUUUAUGGAAUACCACUAGGAGGCACAGUUCUAGACUUGCCUUUCACCAUUGGAGGAUCUGGCUCAUCUUAUUUAUACGGUUUCUUCGAUCAAGCGUGGAAGGAAGGGAUGACUAAAGAAGAAGCUGAGAAAUUAGUGGUGAAGGCAGUUUCUCUUGCAAUUGCUCGGGAUGGUGCAAGUGGCGGUGUUGUUCGAACAGUCACUAUCAACAAAGAUGGAGUAACCAAACAGUUCUACCCGGGCGACACCCUUCCUCUGUGGCAUGAAGAACUCGAGCCCCAGAAUUCACUUCUGGAUAUCUUGUCGGCCGCCAGCCCCGAGCCUAUGGUGAGCUAAACUAAACUAAGAAUUGCAUUCCCGACACAGUUGCGGUUUUCUAGGUGGGGUGGUUACUCACUAAUUGUGCUGUUUUUUCUUAUUCUUCGUUUUACAAGAACAUGUAAACAUACUUAUUAUUGUAUUUGCUUUCUAAGAGUGAUUCUAUGAAUGACAUUUUAUCAGAACUUCAAUGGGCAAUCCUGGUAAUAGAUAACUUGAGUUCUUUUA